AUGAGCAGUGCCACUGAGGCGAACGUGCUGCUGCUGCGAGCGGUGGAGAAACAGGCGCCGCUGUACGAUCGCUACGAUGAACGAUACAGGAAGCGCCUGCCCAGCGAGAAUUCCUGGGACAUGGUGGCCGCGGAAGUCGGAGAGCCGGUGGAAAAGUGCAAGCGACGCUGGCGUCAGCUGCGAAACGAUUAUACCCGCUGGUGCAACGCGGACGCCAACCGCCGACGAAGUGGCCAGCGCCGCUUGUCCUACCCGCUGGCCGAUGAGCUGCGCUUUUUGGACCGCCAUCUGAACCUGAACGAAGACGUGGCCAUCGAGGACGAGCGCAGCGUAUCGUCGGACAAGGACAGGGAUAGCAACCGAGACAGCGAGAGCAGGGAUCACCUUCAGCAGCAGCCACAGGCAUCCUUAAAAAAGGACGCCACACUGGCAAAGAAGCCAGUCAGGCAGGGAAAGCCGAUCAGCAAACUUACUGAAGAGGUCGAAACUUCGGAAAUUAACGGGGACAAGGAUCAAACUGAGAAAGGUUCUCCCAAACAGGAGUUGGACGAAGCGGAGGAGCCAGAGAAGGUACCCGAACUGGACAGUUUCCUGCAGUCGGACAACGAAGGCGACGAGUGCGAAGAUGAGGAGCACCUAGAGCAACUGGAAGGCUUCGACUUUGACCUGGAACAAUCGAUCCAGGAACAGGAAUCUUCGCCCGAUAAGUCACUGGCAACGGAUAACGCCGACUCACCCGCCAGCCAGUCGGAGUUCUUCAUCAAGCAAAGCAACGAUCCCCAUUUGCUGAUCAUUGGCAAAAAGAACUCGUCAUCAGCUUCUGUUGGUGAGCCCGAGGGCGAAGACUCCAAUUCCGGGGAUCCCCUUGAGGAGGAGGACGGGGAGGCCAUGGAGGACAGUGCCGAUGAAUCUGUUGGGGCAGGUGAAAGCCGAAGCGCUGCCAGCGACACGGCCAUCUCUCCCAGUGGCCGUUUGCGCCGCUUACGCCGUGCAGUACGCUCCUCCUUAAGUUCCGCGGGCAUCAAGGAUUUGCCGAUUCAAAAACCUGGCCUGGGCCAGCGAAUUACGCGUUUGCAGCGCAGGAAAUCGAUGAGUUUGGCGGCCGUGCACAGUGUGAGGAGUGCCACGUCGCCGGUGAAGAUGACUCCCGUGCCCAGAUCGCAGCCGAUCAAUAAGCCGCCAUCCGGUCAAGUCCAGAUCAAGAAAGUGAACCCUCGCGACGAUAUCUUUCCACGACCUAAGCCGCCAGCUGACAGUCAGACUCAGAAUCAGAAUCAGAAUCAGAACCAAACCAAAACCCCACGACCUUCGACGCCAGCUGGAAGUCAGAAUCAGAAUCAGAAACAAAACCAAACCAAAACCCAACACCUCAUCUACCCGAAAAGCGAUGCGGUGAUUGCCAUCCCACAGGUGCCAGCUCCGCCACCACAACGAAGAUCCGUGGGCAGGCCGCCCAAGAAGAUACAGUUUAUCCAGCGGAUGGUGGGUCCGCAGCCCCGACCACAGUCGCCCGUUCCCACCAAAGUCUUGACCAUAAGCAAGCCCAGCAGCGCACCCGUAAAUGGAGGCAGCAGCGGCAGUAACACUGCCAAUAAAAGUACCAGCAGCGCUAGCACCAUGACCAAAGUUAGCAACACCCUCAAGUCACCUGAGAACAUAACCGUGAUGAGCUACAGUCCCAGCUCGACUAACACCACCAGCAGCGCCAAGGCCACCAGCAGUCCCUCGGGUACGGUGGUGACUGCUGUACCCACUACAAGCACUGCUGGAUCGUCCAUUACAGUGCCACCAUAUCUCACACUUUUGAAGCGCGUCGAACGGGGCUCACAAACCGACAGCCCUUCCAUCUUCUCCGACGACCACUUUCUCGAAAUGAUCAAGCCCCAGAUGCGGGAGAUGAACCCCCGCCAGAAGAUGCAUUUCAAGCAGAAGGUAUUCCAAGCGCUGAUGGAGACCUUUGACGACGCCACCGACUUCCCAUCGGCAGGAGAGCUGCAGCACUUCAAUAUCAACACGCCCUCAGGAUUCGAGCACGUUUCGGAUCCGGAGCUUCGGCUGGUCAGAGAGCUGGUCAGCAUGGUCAGCGCGGCUAAGGUCACCGUAAUAAAACCGACAGGCGGCGAGGCGGCCACUGCCCGCAGCCCUGUUGUUUCCGACGUUCUGCGAGGACCGCGGGCAAACGUUCCGCGCCACGUCAUCCAGCGGGUCUACAAGCCGGGCGCGGGACUCGAGAUCGCCAGCAACAGCGCAGGCGGGGCCGGCCAGGAGAAGAAGAUGUACCGGAUCCUGCAGAUGAGUGGCAAGCCGAAUGGCAACCUGAGUGCCUCGCUGGAAAAUCUGCGCAAGGAGAGCGUGGACAGCAACCACAGUGCGGUGAGGGUGGCCCACGCCCCAGUGGCCAGUCCCAAGGGAGCUACCAUAGUGGCUUCUGUGAGGCCGCAGGGAUUGAACAACUUCUUUGGCCAGGGCAAUGCAGUGCAGCCGGCCAAGGGCGGUCCGCCGGUGAAGGUGCGAGCCAUGUCCCGCAGGUAUUCCGUCUGCGGCAGCGGCAACCCAGCCAAUGCCCCUCCUGCCAGCCAGGUGCCCGCCAAUGGCAGCUCCCUGAACUCCAACCUGAGUCCCAUGGAGGCGGCCAUGCUGAAGCGCAGACUGAUGGCACCUGCCCAGGGAAUGGUGCCACCGUCCCAGCGUCCUCGCUACUCCGCCGUUGCCGCUGGACAAAUGGGCACCGUGCCACACGGCAGCAGUUUGCUGGUGAGGAAGUCCGUGGGCAGCGUUCCCGGCAACCAGAAGCAGGCCUCGCCCACCGGCGGGUUAUCGACGCCUCAGAAAACUCCGCAGAUUGCCAGUGUGCAGGGAGCCGCCUUCAACGAUUUUGUCCACCCCAAAGCCGCUGCAGCCUCCUCCGGUGAAGGAAGCUCCCCAUCGACCGCGCUGAAGCGCAGCCUGGUGGUGGCCAACACCAAGACCUCCUUCCAGGAUCUUCUGCAGCAACCGAGUCAGCCGUUGCAGCGGAAAAAGAAGGAGUCCUCGGAGACGGCAGCCACAAUUGCUGCGGAUGAUUUUUCACUAGCCAGCCUCAAGCGGGAGCCAGUGGACCACAUUGACGAUCAGGACGACAUACUCGGCAUGUAGAGUUCAGCCAAGCGAAACACCUGCAGAUCGCGUAAAGCACCAACACUGAAAUAUACCAAGAAUCUUAAAGAUUAAACAAAAAGACAAAAGAAAUCAUCGAAACACAAACUAUAUUUGUUAUCUAAAGCACCUAUAAUGUUGCCUAAAACAUUUGUUUGAAAACCAAAAUAGGUUUAAGAAUUUCACUCUUCGAAUUUGUUGCUGUAAAAAGUAAUCCACACUAAUGCAAACUUUUUAUGAUAGGAAUACGAUUGAAAGUUUCUUGACCAUUUUUGUUAUAAAAUUAAAAAAACGCAAAAAUUAUACAAAACAUUUGCGAAUAUUCCUAAUGUAGCCAUAAAUUUGAUUUUAAGAGAAAAUCGAAUAUUAAAAUUCAUUUCACAAUUUGUAGUCAUACACAACCAAUAAAUAUUGCCUUUACUCAAAUUAAAAUAAAUGUGAUAAAAUUCG